GCACCUCGAGCACUGGGGACUUGAGAGGACGAACGCACCUGGACCCGGCCUGCAGAAUGAGGUGGGCAGGUCUCAGAGGCUGCGGGAAGAGUGAGGAGGGCCAGAGGGGGCGACUUCCCUCCCCCACCCGCCUCCUGGCUCGUCAGAAUGAGGUUAUUUUCCGCCCCAAGUUCACGUUCGAUUUAGGGAGAGAGAGUGGAUUGCUGCGAGACCGCACCCCUCCCGAGUACUGGGUGGGGUAGAAAAAAAGACGACGCCAGACCUGGGGGAAGAGGGGCUCGGGCUGCUCCCUGCUUGGCCACCAAAGGAAAGUGCGGCCGGAACCCCUUUGCUGCGGUUUAAGGACGUUGCACCCCACCCCACCCGGGAGGCGGGCGGUCGCAGGUCCUCUGACCCUGACGCCGCGAGCCUGCCCCGCCUCCUGCCCCGCCCUCCCGUCUAGCCGCCUCGCUAUUGGCUGCACGGUCCGGGCUGGAGCCCCUGGCGGGGUAAUUAACGAAGGAUUAAUGAGAUCCCCUAAGUCAACAGAAAAAUCGAUGGGGCAAGGAGCCCGAGCAGCGGCUGCGCAGUCCCGCGAGGGGAGGGCGUCGGGGGUAUCGGUGCGGGCGCGGGGGCCUCACCAGGACUGAAGAUCCGCGCUGUGCUCGCAGUCGGUGGUCAGCCGGCCGCGAUGCCCGGCCAGGCCUCAGUGUCCCCUCUAGGCCUGCAGUCCAAGUAAAAACCGCCCCUAAAAUUCACCAGUAAUCCCGACCCUACCAGCGUCUCCAGGACCUCAGCAAAACUGGAAGGAAAUGUAUAAGAGGCUCUAAGUGCAUUUACAUGCAUUAAAACACUUAAUUUUGAGAAAACCCCUAUGAGCCACUUCUCAGGCUCCAUCCAUGGCCUCCCCAGAAGCACAGGAGACCGGACCAGCCCCGGCUGAGGGGAGCCAAGUGGACGCGGGGGCUGAGAAAACCGGAGCUCCCGCCUCGCCCCACCAGCAGUCCUGGCUGGUGCGGCAUUUCUCGCUGCUGCUGCGGAGGGACAGGCAGGCCCAGAAGGCGGGGCAGCUCUUCUCAGGGCUCCUGGCCCUCAAUGUGGUGUUCCUGGGUGGAGCCUUCAUCUGCAGUAUGAUCUUCAACAACGUGGCCAUCACGCUGGGUGAUGUGUGGAUCCUGCUGGCCGCGCUGAAGGCCCUGUCCCUCCUCUGGCUCCUCUACUUUGCCGCCCGGACAACCCGCCACCCGCGCGCCGUGCUCUACCAUGACCCUCACGCGGGACCCAUCUGGGUGCGGGGCUCCCUGGUGCUCUUUGGCAGCUGUAGCAUCUGCCUCAACAUCUUCCGGGUGGGCUACGACGUGAGCCACAUCCAUUGCAAGUCGCAGCUGGAGCUCAUCUUCCCUGUCAUCGAGAUGAUCUUCAUCGGCGUCCAGACCUGGGUGCUUUGGAAACACUGUAAGGACUGUGUUCAGGUCCAGACCAAUUUCACUAGGUGUGGCCUAAUGCUGACCCUGGCCACAGACCUGCUGCUGUGGGUUCUGGCUGUCACCAACGACUCUAUGCACCGUGAGAUCGAGGCUGAGCUCAACGCCCUCAUGGAAAACUUCUUUGGCAACGACACCAGCACCUGCCUCUGUCUCAAUGCCACCGUGUGUGAGGUCUUCCAGAAGGGCUACCUGAUGCUCUACCCCUUCAGCACCGAGUACUGCCUCAUCUGCUGCGCUGUGCUCUUUGUCAUGUGGAAGAACGUCGGCCGCCGCCUGGCGCCCCACACAGGCGCUCACCCCGGCACCCCUCCCUUCCGCCUGCGCGGGGUCAUCUUUGGGCCGCUGCUGGGCCUGCUGGCCCUGGUGGCGGGCGUGUGCGUCUUCGUGCUCUUCCAGAUCGAAGCCAGUGGCCCCGCCAUUGCGCGCCAGUACUUCACCCUCUACUAUGCCUUCUACAUAGCCGUGCUGCCCGCCAUGAGCCUGGCAUGCCUGGCGGGCACGGCCAUCCACGGGCUGGAGGAGCGCGAACUGGACACGCUCAAGAACCCCACCCGCAGCCUGGACGUGGUGCUGCUCAUGGGCGCGGCGCUGGGCCAGAUGGGCAUCGCCUACUUUUCCAUCGUGGCCAUCGUGGCCACUCGCCCCCAUGAGCUGCUCAACCGCCUCAUCCUGGCCUACUCGCUGCUGCUUAUUCUGCAGCACAUCGCGCAGAACCUCUUCAUCAUCGAGGGCCUGCACCGGCGCCCGCUCUGGGAGACGGCAUCCGAGGACCCGGCAGGGAAGCGAGAGGCUGAGCCUCCCCGCCGGGGGUCCCUGCUAGAGCUGGGCCAGGACCUGCGGCGGGCCUCGCUGGCCUACAUCCACUCCUACAGCCACCUCAACUGGAAGCGGCGGGCGCUCAAGGAGAUCUCGCUCUUCCUCAUCCUCUGCAACAUCACACUGUGGAUGAUGCCCGCGUUUGGCAUACACCCGGAGUUCGAGAACGGGCUCGAACAAGAAUUCUAUGGCUAUCGGACCUGGUUCACCAUCGUCAAUUUUGGCCUGCCUCUGGGGGUCUUCUACCGAAUGCACUCUGUCGGGGGGCUGGUGGAGGUCUACUUGGAGGCCUGAGGCUGCCCACCGACCAACCCCUGGCAGAACUCCAAAGUGCCAAUGUUGGAGAGAAGGUAGCCCAGAGCCUCUGAGAAGGGAUACCCAGACCAGACUGGAUUCCCCAAAGCCUCCCCCUCCCCAGAUCCUCCGUGAGAUGGAGGGCACUGUCUGCAGCCCGAGACCAAGGGCAGGACCUGGACCCUGAGCUUCUGAUGUCCAUGCCUGGGACAUGCCUGCCCCUGCUCACUACCACAGUCAGUACAGGCCAGGGUGCUCCGUGGGCAGCCUGAGUCAAGGAGGGGUGUGGCCCCAGCCGGGCUCUGGGGUCGGCCUCCUUCUGUGGGACAGGCACUAGGUCCGAGCUCAGCCCAGGACAUCCCAGAAGUUGGCAGCCCCGAAGGCGCCCCUGGCCCUCCUUCCCCAUGUACUCUGUCUCCUAAUGAGCUCAUUAAUUAGCUACCAGGCAGGGUUCAACAGCUCUCUCCUGCUGCCAUAAACCCUGUUUGUUUGAUCGAUUA